GCUGAGCUCAAUUGUGUGUGUCCCCUAUCUUCACCUCCUUCUGCAGACACAUCUAACAUGUCCUUUGAGGAGCUGUUGGAAUUGCAGAGCCAAGCGGGGACUAAGGCAUACAAACAAUUGGUAGCUGGAAGCAGCACUAAGAAGCAAGGCUCUAGACCCCCUGUCCAAAAUGCCUGUGUUGCAGAUAAGCACAGGCCUCUGGAAAUGUCAGCCAAGGUCCGGGUGCCAUUUUUGCGUCAAGUUGUCCCCAUCAGUAAGAAGGUAGCCCGGGACCCCCGCUUUGACGAUUUGUCAGGGGAAUAUAAUCCUGAAGUGUUUGACAAAACGUAUCAGUUCCUGAACGACAUCCGAGCCAAAGAGAAAGAGCUCGUGAAAAAGCAGUUGAAGAAGCACCGUUCAGGGGAGAAGCAUGAGAAGCUGCAGCAGCUGCUUCAGCGAAUGGAGCAGCAAGAAAUGGCACAGCAGGAGCGGAAGCGGCAGCAGGAGCUGCGCCUGGCUCUGAAGCAGGAGCGGCGGGCGCAGGCCCAGCAGGGCCAUCGUCCCUACUUCCUGAAGAAAUCUGAACAGCGCCAGCUGGUCCUAGCUGAGAAGUUCAAGGAGCUGAAACGCAGCAAGAAGCUAGACAGCUUCUUGAGUCGAAAAAGGCGCCGAAACGCAGGCAAAGACAGGCGACACCUCCCUUCGAAUAAGGACUAAUAGGAACUGACCUCAUCUCUGCCACUGCCCUGUGAGAACUGGGUCUGUGGGGACAGACUGGGGCUUGGCCUAUUCUGGGUCUUUCCUCUUCAAGGACAAGGGUCACAGCUGCCCUUGAACUAGAUUGGCUCAGCAGUGACUAAAGGGUUCUUGGGCUGCCCCGGGGUGGACAGGAACAGCCAGUCUUCGCCAUCCCACACUCCUGCUUGGAUCUGGCUCAUCAUGUGCUCGUGUCCUCCCAUCCUUGCCUUACACCGGGGAUAGGAACCUUUUUUCUGCCAAGGGCCAUUUGUAUAUUUCUAACACCAUUCAUGGGCCAUACAAUAUCAUCAGUUUAAAAAUUAGCGGCCAUAUUUGACAAACAUUUAAUGACCUCACCCCUAAUGCCUUGGCAGGGCCAGAACAAGUGAUGCCAUGGGCCUUCUAUUGCCCGCAGGCUGAACAUUCCCAGCCCCUGUGAAAUCAGUAAUUCUGACAGAGGGAAAAAGGGUCAGUCACCUUAGGUUAGCGAAGGCCAUGGAGUCUUGACGGCUUCCAGGACUGGGACUUUAUGUAAGAGCCAGUUAAUAAACAUUCCUGUCGCUCA